UUAACAGAAAAAGAAAAGGAUAAACAAAUCCUGAGAAAUUUGACUGAGUUGCCUUGUUAUGACCAUUUCUCUCUUAUAACCAACACAUAUCCUUCUUUUUAUCUUCUCUUUCCGAUUAUAUAUUUCAAUAUAAAAGAGAAAAAGGUCAUACUUCUACAGCUAAACAGCACAAAAUACUGAAAAUAUUCGUCAUCAAGAAAGAUCUCUAGAGAGAAAGAGAGAGAGAGAGAAGCCAUGGCUGGUUUGCAAAGAUCUGCAGUUUCUUUUAGAAGGCAAGGAUCUUCUGGUCUUGUAUGGGAUGAUAAGCUUGUAUCAGGUGAGCUAAACCAAGUAGCAAAUAACCAAAAACAAGAACAAGAACAAGAAAUACAAGAAAAGUUUGACAUCAAGCAAGAAAAUGAUGUUAAUAAGCCUUCAUCAGCAAGAUCAAUCAGUACCAUUGAAAGGAGCCGAUCCAACGGUGGACCAAGAGGUUACCGGACCGGUAAGGUGUCUCCAGCUAUAGAACCUCCAUCACCAAGAGUCUCUGCUUGUGGUUUUUGCAGUGCUUUUGGAAAACCAACAAAGAAUCAUCGGAAAAAGGCUGGUAAGAUCAGAUCACGAUAAUUUUUCAUUCUUCCGGUGACCAAGUGGAAUAUUCCGGUGAAUUUUGAGGAGGUGGGUAUGGUAUUUUUAAUAAUAUUUAUAUAUGCUGCUAGGUUUUUAGGUUUAAAAGAACUUCUUAAUUUCAUCUCAGUAAAGUGAGAUGUAAGAGCUUUUCUUGAAACAAAAUCCUCUCUAUUGUUAAAUUUAGUUAUGGUCAUGUUCUUGUUUUUCCUUUUUGUAUUUCUCUAUUAGAUUUUAGAUAUAGCUUUCUUUAUUGGGUUUGGAUCCAAUUAUGUACAUAUGGUUUGGUUAUUGAGAACAUUUUACCUUUUCUUUCUUUGUGUACAAAAGCAAACCUUGAUUCCUUUUU